AUGUCAACUCCUUCCCCUGACCACUCUCCAUUGCUGGGAAUUCAAGCGCCAGCAGAGUCAAGUUUCAGACGCCGAAGAUUCAUCUUCCAGGUCAAAAAUGACAUUCUCACUGCAAGGGAAGCAGUAUUUCUGAAAUACGAGAGCAUAGAACCCAGCAUUGGGAGUCGUGCUGCACUCAGUCUCGACUCAGAUGGGGAGAUCGAGGCAAGAUCAGUCCUCAUCAAUUACAAUUCAGUCACCCAGGUCUUCACCGUCGACAUGCCCACAGCUAUUCCCAGUUGUCAUCAACCCUGGAUUAGCGACGAGUUCAUCCGGGCAGGGGUGGUGUCGGGGUUCUUGACUCUCGCUGAAAAUUACGAUAUCAGCAUGUCUUCAAACACUCGCUUCAAUACAUUUGCAGCCCCAUAUCAGAUGUCGUUUGCGGUACCAAAUCUCUACUUGGAGCCGAGCGGCUUUCCCCUGCCCACGAUUGUCUUUGUAUCAGGGUUUUCCCAGUUAUAUCCAUACCUCCUUAUGCAGAAAGAUGUCUGGCUGAUUGGAGGGGCCGCGCAUGUUAACAUUGUCUUUAUCCUGAAAUGGUCACAAGACAUUUUCCCGCGUCCCCUUCUGGGGACUCCUCCCCAAGAAAUCACUAUCAGGAGGGAUGAGCUGUGUGGCAAUGCGAUUCCUACUGGCAGAAAAUCCAGUGAUGUCUGGAGGCUUUCUCUUGAGCGACUUCGGUAUAGAGCUGAGCAAGCCAUACGCGGCCAAGGCUAUGUCCCAGCAUGA